CUGCUUUUUCCCCACCACCCACACUUUCUAUCGUUCGAUAACAAAAAUGGCGCACACGAUAUCGAGAUCGAGACUUGUAUUGUUCGCAUUAAAGUAUACAAAUCGAAUAAAACCUCGUAACUUAAUACCCCUUAAAUAUCAACGAUUAUGUUUCCACACAAAUUGGAUUUUGGAGGCGAAAGGGAAAGAAUUAUUCAUGCCAUCGUUAUCCCCAACCAUGGAAAGUGGGACAAUCGUGAAAUGGUUAAAGAAAGAAGGUGACAAAAUUAAUCCCGGAGAUGCUAUAGCCGAUAUUCAAACGGAUAAAGCAGUGGUUGCUAUGGAAGUAGAGGACGAAGUAGUCCUUGCCAAAAUUAUUGUACCAGAAGGGACAAAAGACAUCAAAGUAGGAACGUUGAUCGCUCUUACAGUAGAAGAAGGUGAGGAUUGGAAAUCGGUAGAACUACCCGAUGCUGUUUCUUCUUCAACACCUACUGCUCCAACACCUUCUGCUCCAACACCUUCUGCUCCUUCCGUAAGCCAAUCGGAUGAACCACCACCGCCAGGACAACAAAAUGUUUCUAUGCCUGCACUGUCUCCAACCAUGACAACUGGUACAAUUGUUAAAUGGUUAAAGAGAGAAGGCGAUGAAAUACAACCAGGUGAUGCAAUAGCCGAGAUACAAACUGACAAAGCAGUGAUGACUUUUGAAAUAGAAGACGAGGCUAUACUUGCUAAAAUUUUGGUACCAGAAGGCAGUCAAGUGGAGGUAGGUCAAUUAAUUGCAGUUACAGUUGAAAAGGGAAUGGAUUGGACAAAAGCUGUCAUUCCACAAACACUUAAGGCUACUACUCCAAGCCCUGCCCCUGCAGUUCCUGCUAAAUCAUCCAGUGAAAAGGGACAGGUAUACGGAUUGGCAGUUAAACGACUGUUGGAGGAAUACGGUCUAGAUCCUAAUUUUAUUAAGGGUACUGGUCGUCCUAAUCGAAUUCUAAAAAGUGACGUUCUAUCAUACAUAGAAACAAAUAACAUUAAAAAAGUUCAACUUAAAGGUGAUACUGUUGCACCAGGAAAAGUUGAUAAAGGUAAAAAGGCAGAGCCUAUGGUAGUACCGGGUCGUCCAUCGGCUUACGAAGAUAUACCUGUAUCUAAUAUUCGAAGUGUCAUAGCUAAACGUCUUGGAGAAUCCAAAUCAAUUAUACCUCAUUCUUAUUCGACUAUUGACAUCAAGAUUAACAAACUAAUAGAAAUACGAAAGCAAUUAAAAGAGGAUGGCAUCAAUGUAUCUGUCAAUGAUUUCAUUACAAAAGCUGUAUCUCACGCGCUCAUCGAAUGUCCCACAAUUAACACCUUGUAUACGAAUGAUAAAGUCGUGCGUGCUCCAAACAUAGAUAUAUCUAUAGCAGUUGCAUCUCCUAUGGGUCUAAUAACACCAAUUGUAUUUGAUGCACCGUCCAAAAGUUUAUUAGAAAUUUCAACAACUAUUAGAGAGCUAGCUGGAAAGGCAAAGGCUGGGACUUUAAAGCCACAGGAAUUUCAAGGGGGAUCCUUUACAAUAUCCAAUUUAGGAAUGUUUGGUAUUAAAGAAUUUUCCGCCAUCAUAAAUCCUCCGCAAACGGCAAUCCUUGCUGUUGGAACAGGACGUUCGGAAUUGAGUGAUACUUUGGAAACUGUCACCAAAAUGAUGGCAACAUUGUCGUACGAUAGACGUGCCAUUGCUGAAAAUGAUGCAGCUGACUUUUUAGCAGUACUCAGAGCUAUGUUAGAAAACCCAACUUUUCUUGCUAUUGGAAAAAUUCAAGAAUUGAGGCAUAUGAACGAUUAAACUUGCAAUGUACAUGUAGUACAUAAGGAGGAACAAUGAUAAGAUUACAUAAAUCUUUAGUAAAAUGCAAGUAUAAAUAAAUGAACGAUGAUAUAAAUCGAUGCCGUCUCGUAA